AUGUGGUCAUCUGCGAAAGAAGAAGAGGAAGAAGCGAGAAUGAAGGAAAAGUUAUGCAGUACUUAUACAAUUUGCAACUUUUUCCUUACAGCCCGACGUCUACAAACGGCAGCUCUGUUAAAUGGGGUGCAGCCUCCACAGCACUCUCAAGCAGCAACACAGCCAACAGGGCAGCAGCAGCAAGCACAGCAGCAACAGGCACCACCUCCACAAGUGAGCCAUCAACUGCCUCCUCUUGCACCCACUGUUAGCUCUUCUACAGCAGCUCUCCAGGCCAGGCAACAAACAUUACGGCUACAGCGCCUCCAGGUGGAGCACGAGAGACUCAGGCUUAGGCAACAGGAGAUCAUUAAAACGGAACAGUCAUUGCGCAUGAGUCUACGGGAGGAAGCGGGACCACAACAGGUACAACAAUCACAACAGUCACAACAACAACAGCAACAGCAGCAGCAGCAGCAGACAGCACAAACAGUAGCCCCGCAGUCCACACAGCAAACCUCACAACAACAGCAGCAAGGUAGUGAGCUGGUGCUGACCUCUGCUGGCCUGACUUUAUCCUCGGCCCCGCAGACAGUGACCCCGGUGACCACAUCUGUGACAUCGGCUGCUGAUCCUUUCAUCGCUACGACAGACUUUCACUCCAGGCAGGAAUCAGCAGAUAGCGGACUUGGCCUGGGAACCAACUACUCCCUCCCUCAUACUCCAGAGGAUUUCCUAGCAUCUAUGGAGGAUGUUGAGAUCACGCCAUCUGAUGCUGAGAUGAAAACUUCUCCAGCUAACAACAUCCUGGAAGCACCUGAGCUUGAGUCUAUGGAUUCUGAAGACCUCGUCCCUACAAUACAGCUGAAUGAUGACCUGUCAACUGAUUUCCUAAAUGACAUGCUCGAGACAACCAAAAUGGAUAAUCUUCACACGUGGCUGUAAAAAGAAAAGUUAAAAAAAUGUGAAAUGUAUAAAAAAAAAAAAGCUCGUGCUUAUUUAGUGGUGAGAAGACUAAUGCCUCUGGGGACAUUUAGAAUUAUAUGUAGUGUUUCAAUUUGGUUUCCUUGUUUCCUGGUUAGGUAAAAUGUACCUCUCAAGGCUUGAAUAGGCAGAAAGCAAUUUUCAUAGUCUAUUUAGAUAGACAGAAAAAUAUGCAAUCUUGCUUUAUGCAAAAAAAAAGAAGCUUUUGUGGGAGGCAACAAGAAAAUAGACCAGGAUGCAACCAGUACCCAAAUUUGAUGUUAUAGUACCUCAUAGGUGGGAAUAAAUGUUGUGCAAGAAUAUGUUAUGUUGAAAUCUGCAGUCUGAAUAUGUCAGAAACUGUAUAUGAAAUGAACAAUGGUACAGUACAACAAAAAGGCAGCAUUAAUGUUUACGUGCAACUGUGUAUUUGUAUGUGAUACAGAAAGUACCAUGAAUUUGGGCUCUCUAUGCUGGAUGUAUUCUUUGUUUCCACCUGUGAGGGAACAUUAGCCACAAAAACCAGGCUAUGUGGGUUAAUUACAUGGUCUUGAAAUCUGAAGAAAAAUGAAAAAUUGAAGCCAUAAUUGAGUGAUACUGGGAAGUUUUAGAGAUGUACUGUGCCCAACACUGAUCUCGUACGGCUUCAAUAAUAUCUUAAGCAAAUGAUACCCAUUUUUUUGUAUGUGAUGGAUUAGUGCCUACAGACUACCAAGUUAUACUCUAUUCGAGAGGCGGUUCCCAACACUGGCAACCUCCCAUGUUGUAGGUUAAGUUCUGUUUUGUGAAUACCUUUUAGUGGUUUUAUCACGUGCAUUUAGGACUAUGAUAUUUUUGGAGGUUUAUCUCAUUGCCUCUGUCCUCUCCAUAUAUCAAGUGAUUCACUACCAAUCUUACCGUCCAGUUCUGCCUUGAUCAAUAAAAUACUGUAUUGCCGGACUUAAUCAUAUUACAGAAUAAUUAUAUUUAUUAAUGAUAGCUAAUUGUCAUGUAAAUAGUAUUUCAAGUUAUGUUCUUGUGUAAGAAAACUCACUAUCUUAAUAUUAUAAAUAUAUAAAAAAAAUAGUUAAUUGAAAAGGCAUUAAUUAAUUUUAGAUACAGGCAGCUGUUUAACAAUGAAAAUGAAACAUUAAUCCCAAAAGUUAAUGGGAAGCAAUUGAUCCUUUUUGACAAUGCACUCAGUGCUCCUUUUUUUUUUGCAAGACAGUGGAGCAAUCUGUUGUUUGCAUUUUAUUUAGUUGACUUUUUUGUGUUUUGUUGGCUGUUACGCUCCUUCCAUCUGCGGCUACCCUAGUUCCUGUUGUGUGAUCAUGUACAGCAGUUUUACAUCUUUGAGCCUCCCUAGCUUCCCUUCAGCAUGUGUAGUAAUGACUAUACAUUGAAUUUUUGACAAGGCUGUAUUUUCAGCAUCUACAUUUUCAUAUAAUUUUUUUAUAUUUAGUUCCGAGUAAAUCUUAGCAUGGCUUAUUUUUCUUUUCAAUUAUAAUACUUAUGAAUCAGUGUUAAAUUCAAGCUUUAACUUUUUUUCUCUGAAUGCUAAAAAAGGAAUUAGUUGAGGAUCCUUAUAAAAGCUUCAUCUGUUUGUUCGAUCAGUGAUCAGGACAUUUAUAUGGGGAGUUUUUGAACAGCCUUAAUUCAUCAUUUCGUCUUGUGUAAGCCAAAGUAAUAUGUGUUGUUAUUAUUGUUUGAUCUGAUGGAAUAAUUAAAUAGAUCACUAUUAAAAUAAACAUUUAUAAAAAUUUGCAUCACUUAAAUAUGUGAAAAUUCCUGUGGCCGAUUGUUGUGCUACUUCAGUUUAAAUGCACAUGAUAUUUGACAAAUUGUUAUAAUAAUGUUUGAUCAAUAAUUUUCAUUUAAUGCAACUUUGUGAUGUGCAGGGAGCUUGUUUAUUCAUGUUCUUAUUUGUUAACACAGAUUUUAUGAUGUUCUUUCAGAGAUUAUUUGUUAAAGUUUCAAAAAUUUUCUUACAAAGUAUUUUUGGUGCCUUAGAGGAAAUGAGGUGCCUUGUGUAGUGGCAGUACUGUAUAUGUAUGGCAGCUCGAUGAAGCAGGAACUAAGGUGAUAGCCAGUCAUGUUUUCCAGCCUUAGUUAAUGACACACAAUUAAUGUACUUAAAGCAAUGGCCAUAGUUUCCACUAGGUCUACCAGUCUUUUAAACUAGCAUUCUUAAUGAUUCACCAAUCCCUAUGAUACAUGUGACGUGGGCGGUUUCUGUAUCUAUUUGUGCAGGUUUGUCUGCCCUGCAGCUGUGCCAGAAGUAGCUACAUGGGAUGCUUCUGAUUCCCAACUGUACUGUAAAUAGAAGUUGGAUAACAUUUUGAAACAUAAACUGUAUCCAGUAGCACUCUGGUCACGUCAUCAGUAUUUCAAAUCCCCACAUCCAUCCACAGUCUGCUCAAGUGAUUUAUGGACGUCCCAAGUGCCUUUGUCUGCAGCUGUUUAGUGGCCGUUCAGCUCCUCCCUGGGUCAUUAAACUGGUCAAAGGUCAUGACCCAGGUCGUUAAGAGGUCACUUUGGCAGCUCCCAUGCCACAUUUUAAAAUGUGGCUGUAGGUUUAGCUUCAUGUUAAGUGUUAAGGCUGAACAAGCACCAAGCGUUGACCACACACUUGGUGCUUGUUCCGGUAUUAUUAUCAUUAUUAUCUUAUUAUUAUUAUUAUUAUUAUUAUUAUUAUUAUUAUUAUAAUUAUUAUUAUUAUUAUAAUUGCUCCAGUAGACAUGAAUUUUUAUUUUAUCAGGAAAUGUACAUGUUCAUUUUUUUAUGUUCAUAGUAUGGUGUCUUUUGUGAUAUACAUCUAGCAUGCAAUGUUGUUUUUAGUUUGUCUUAUAGUGGCCAUAUUUGUUAGUUUUACAAUGACUAGUUAGAAACUCAGCAGCAAGGCUCUUGUUUUUCAAUCUUUUUAAUGUGGUGAAGGGUUCCUAGUAUAGAUUAAAGAAAAAAUAUCACAGCUACCAAUAUUAUAUUCAUAUCAAACUUUCUUAGAAAAAUAAUCCAAUGAUAAAGUUUUAUACUAAUAGAUUUAAGAUUAUGACCCGAGAUUUGACUUUUAUCAAGUCUUUUGGGGUUGCGUCCUUCCCAAUCUUUCUUGCACAAGUUUAUGAAGUUCAGUUGCUCUACAUACCUCUAGAAAGCAAUGUAUAGAGUAUGAAAACUGUUUAUGAAAAAUUAACCCAAUAUUAGGUACAGUACCAUCAACUGAUCUUGUUGUUAAUCUCAAUACGUUGUUUCAAGCUGAGGAAAUGUCUUUCCAUGAUCCUAGAGUUACUGAUUUUAUAAACUGAUACUUAUCAAUGUUGCCUUGCUUUUAUAAGGUCCUGUCACAGUCCUAACAAUUUUUCAGUGUACAGUAUAUGUGGGACUGUUAUGGGAAAUAACCCAUGUAAUUGGGUAGGUAGCAAGCUAUGCCAGUUAAAGCAUGAAAGAUUUUGUGAACAUUUCUAGCUGAUCACCUUCUCUCUUGUCCUGUCUGAUCAGCACACCGCCAUAUACAUCCAACUCUAUGCUAGGAAUGGUUCACUUAAUCCUCAUACCAUGACUGAACUCUUGCCCCAACCCUGAUCUAUGGUAUUAGCUUAUGGCUCACAAAUCACGGUGAAAUUUAGCAAUGUGACAGAAAUAGGGAAAUUUGUUUGGAAAUGCCAAUAGAAAAGUUCCCUGUAUAUUGUGGCUUGGUUACAACACAUGAUUACCUGUUUUAUAAAACCUCUGCCACAGAACAUUUUUUCCUUUUUUUGCCAUAUUUGUGAAUACCACCCAAGUGCUUAUGACGCAGGGGGUGAAGUAGCAUCCACUCCCCCAUGAAAUUUAAGUGUAUGCUGAAGCAAUGUAAAUAAAUUUUAUCUUCAAAUGA